UGUUUAGCGCACCCUUCCCAACUCCCCCAACAGACACUCAGCUGUUUCAUAACUUUCAGAACAUACAGCCACCCCUCCGCUGUCAUGGCAAUGCCGCUUUCUCUUCUCUUCAGAUUCUAUUCUCUCAUCUCUCAUCUCUCAAUUUGGUAAACCACUUUAGUUUACCAAAAAGGCAAGACAGAGAAGAAAAAUUACACACACCCUUUUCCUUCCUUUUCUUCAACAUUCCCAUUUUUUCUACACCAACCCACCACCUCUCUCACCUUCCAAACUUCCAAUUCAACUCAUUUCGUUGUGUUAUUACUCCUAUCUUAGUAUUAUUAGUUGAAUAGAGGGACAAAGAUUGAAUCUUGGAUUGAUUUUCUCGGAGAUGAUGAAGAGGUUUCGCCUUCCUUCUUCUUCUUCUUCUUCUUCUCCUUGCUCUUCGUCUUCCUCAUGCAUUGUUGGGUCCGGCGGUGAGAUUGAGGUUCUACCGGAGCCUGUGAAGCCCAUUCUUCAGCCCGAACCCAGGCCCAAACGCCCCAGAACCAAGAGAAAUAAAAUCCUCAAUGCUCAUUCCCCCACAUCUGGGUCUACCGGGAGAAGCUCCGUUUACAGAGGAGUUACAAGGCAUAGAUGGACUGGGAGAUAUGAAGCACACUUGUGGGACAAGAGUAUCUGGAAUAGCACUCAGAACAAGAGAGGGAGACAAACUUAUUUGGGUGCAUAUGAGAGUGAGGAGGCUGCUGCAAGAACCUAUGAUCUUGCUGCACUUAAGUACUGGGGGCCAGUCACCACGCUUAAUUUUCCGAUUGAGACAUAUAGCAAAGAGCUUGAGGAAAUGGAGAAGUUGUCUAGGGAGGAGUUCCUAGCUUCACUUCGGCGCCGAAGUAGUGGAUUUUCUAGGGGCGUUUCUAAGUACCGUGGUGUUGCAAGGCACCAUCACAAUGGCCGUUGGGAGGCACGAAUUGGACGAGUCUCUGGGAACAAGUAUCUUUACUUGGGGACUUUCAGCACUCAAGAGGAAGCGGCUACAGCGUAUGAUAUGGCAGCGAUUGAAUACAGGGGUUCGAAUGCAGUGACGAAUUUUGACAUCAGCGUUUAUGCUGAUAAGCUGAAAGAGAUUCGAGAAAGGAACGAGAGGGAGCAGCAGGGUAACGAUGAGUCCUCGUGUGAAGUUCAGUCCAAUGCACAAGAGGAACACAAAGAAGAAAGCCAGAAAUGGAAUGAAGAGGAAAAAUACUUUGUGGAAGAAAUAGUUCCAAUGUUAGAGGAUGCUCGGUCCAAUUCGGAGGGAAGAAUGGAACAUCCUAAAAUCCCGAAACUGGAAUUUGCUCCUUCUCCUUCCUCGCCUAUGAUUACAGCGAUUGACCCUCUGGAAGAGCCCGAGAGCUUUUGGAAUUCCCCGUGCAUGGAUGCUGGGCACGACUCGUUUCCAGUUCAUGAUCUUCAUCUCGACGAGAAGCCUUCUUACCUGCUUGAUUUCUUCAACGACUCCAGCAUAGGAAACAGCCUCGAUUUCCUUUUCGAGGAACCAUCUAGUGGUAACGAAUUCGGAUGCAGUGACAUAUGUGGCAGCACGACGCUCAUCUCCGAUGAAUUUGAAGCAGCUAUGGUUAACGAAGGACACAAUGCCGCCUUUACUGCCCCUUCGCCUUCAUCUAAUUCGACAACAUUAUCGGUAUAUGCAGAAAUUUCUGCUGCUUCAAAGUUGUUAAACUGUUGAUCUGAAGUUUGAGAGCAGUUGUAGGUUCUAGUUUAGACAGGACAACAAGGUAUGAUUGACUUGCAUACACAGGUUUAGUAUUUUUAUUAACUUCUUCACAUUCAGUCUUCUUAGAGUUUUGUUUUUAUUUAUUUAUUCUUUUGAUAAAAAUUUGUCUUCUCAGAA